CGCCUCUGAUCGCUCGGGCUGUGGGUUUGCCCUCCCUCUGAACCCCUCGCCCGCCACGAUGUGGUACAUUUCGUUCGUUCUUCAGCCCGCCGGAACGCCGGCCGGGUGCGAGCCCCGCUGGACCCGCCUGCCCACGUUGGCUGGACCCGCCCAGCUCAUGGUCGGCCGGGACCCGGCAUGCGACCUGGCUGUGUCUCCUCGAGCCGGUGGCGUCAGUCGAAACCACUGCACUAUCGGCCUCAAUCCCCUGGUCCAGACCGUUACUCUGAAGCAGGCUGGCUCAAACUGGACCUUUGUCUCGCCUGGCAGCGGGCUCACUGCCCCGGCCGAUCGCACCACCUCGGUCGGGGGCCGAAAGGGCGUCAUGCUGGCCGCCGGCGAGAGUGUCUGUCUCCAGACCACCAGGGACACCCGGCGGCGGGAGGCCUCCCUGCGCCUGGCGCUUGUGUUGCCCGACGGAACGGUGAUCCAGUUGUCGAUCCGCGAAGAACCCGCGGCCGCGCCAGCCAACCACGCAGCCGCGCACAUUGCCCAUGGGCUUGAUGUCGGCACCGGGGGGGUAUCGACCACGGGUGGGCCUGUGUCCGAGGCCGCCGAAGUGGCCCCGCCUCGCGCGUACUCCGGGUCGAGGGCGGAGGCCGCCGAUCGCCCCUGUCCGGAGGCGGCCCGAGACCCGGCGUUUAGUCUCAUGAUCUCCCCCGAGUCAUCGGACGUCGAACGUGAUUAGCCCCACGCGCGGCCUCCGGAAAUAGAAAUUCACUUACCAUGCGUGGGCAGAGGAG